GACCCACAACCAGUUCCUUAGCCCCCACCAGCUAGCUUUAGCUCUCUCUUGUCCAUGGAUUCCCUUCCUCAUCAAUUCUACAAUGACUAUUCACUCCCUUGUGGUUUUUACGGCUACCCAACUCCGGAAAUGGCCGGAGAAAAUGGCUGUGGUUCGGUUUUCAGUGGAGCAAUGUGGGGUGCUACUUGUGAAGAAAACUUGGUGCCAUUUUGUAAUGUUAGUAGUGCUGCAGUAAAUUUUGAUGUGGUGUCACCGGAAUCCGACAUCUCUUCGUCUGUUAUGGCGGCUUCGUUCCCAGAGCUACUUGGGAUUUCGGAGGAUCUUUCUGUGCCUGCUGCAGCUGCAUUUUCAGAUUAUGGGAAUAUGGGGCUGCAUGGACUUGCAGGGAUUAAUCAGAAUUUUGGGGGAGAAAUUAGCCAACCAUAUAUGUGUGAUCAGUUUGGGGAGGAAUGUUGUACUGGUCUCAACAUGUCAGAUAUCAAGCCGUUUGGCCUUGCUGGCCAAGAAAAUUGGGGAAUUCAAGGGAACCAGCAGGUGCCUACAAUUGAUCAAGAUCAGUCUAAUAUGAAGGUGGGAAGGUAUUCAGAAGAAGAAAGGAAAGAAAGGAUUGGCAGAUAUUUGAAGAAAAGGAACCAAAGGAACUUCAACAAAACCAUCAAGUAUGCUUGUCGCAAAACCCUAGCUGAUAGAAGGGUCCGAGUUCGUGGGAGAUUUGCAAGGAACACUGAACUAAGUGAUCAAGAAAUAGCAGCAAAAAAGAUUGACAGCAAUCAUACUUGCAAAGAUCAGAGAUCAGAAAUGUGUUGUAGUAAUGAUGCAGUCCAGAUGAUGAAAUAUGAUGAGGACGACUACUGGCUGCAAGAGGCUAUGGGUCUAAUGUACUUACCAUAUGCUACCAGCUGAUCAUAUGGUGCAGUUUAAUUAGCUGCUUAAUCAACUAUAUUAUAUAGUCUAAUUGAAAUGAAAUGAGAGGGUUUAAGACGUACGUACGGCACGCUUGUAUUGUACAAGUAUAUGAUCUAACAAGCUAGCUAAUUAGUCUUUUCUACUCGUAAAAUUAAUUGGUGCAUUGGUUUUAAUGCGUAUCUACGUAUACGUAUAGCUAGGGUGUUUGUAAUUAGGAGAGGGUUUGUGAUUUGAUCAAAGAAUAAUUAAGGUUUCUUUUUA